AUGCCGUUCCCAAAGCCAGUCGCUGUUCAGGGAGGUUGGCAGGUCAAGGAGAGCCCUCGUCAGGAGCAGGAUAACCCAGUUGACAUGCGAUCUGUCCCUCGGUCUGCCGCUGGCGUCGUGACCGACUCGGGAGAUAUCCUGGACCGGUCUGGAAAGUCCAUCGGAAAACUUACCGAGUCAGGAGACCCUGGCCAGCUCGUGGGGAACGCAGUCACAGCUUCGGGAGAUAUCCUAGAUUCAUCAGGAAAUGUUCUCGCCAAAGCUACCCUCAACGAGGAGGAGGGUGGCGAGUACACAACCGAACCUACUGAGAAGGAUCAGAAGGAUCAGAAGGACCAGAAGGACGACAAAGGCUGGGACCUGAUGGGAAAGGGCAAGUCGGCCUAUCAGACAGCCAGCAACCUCCAAAAGCCCGUCUCUCAAGGAAUGGACCUGGUUAGUAGGAUGCAGAAGCCCAGCGAGGAUGGCCAGAGCUCACCCACUGAUUCCUCGAUCCAGAUGAGUCAAGGCGACAACAAGCAGCCACAAGAGGAGCUGGAGGGACAAGAGAAGACACUCGAAAAGGCUCCCGGGAAGGAAGGUGAAGAGCCCAUCUCAAUGGAAGAUAAAUCGGAUGAGGCCAGAGAAGAGAUGGGCAAGGGCUUAGGCAAGGAUGCGGAUGCCGAAGCAGACAAGCUUCAGGAGGAAGCUCCCAAGCCAAUGGAAGACGAAGGACUUGGCAAAGAGACCGCUGGCGACUUGCAAGAGAAGCCUGAUGAAACCUCCGCCACCUUCAAAGAGGGUGAAGCUCUUGAGGAAGGCAGAGAACUUGCCAAAGACGAGGCGGAGGAAGGAGAAGGACUUGCCAAAGACAAGGCGGAGGAAGGAGAAGAAAAAAUUGACUUCUCAGAGCUCAAGGGAACCAAGGUCAACAAAGCCGGCAACCUCGUCAACAAGCAGGGCGACAUCAUCGGGCGUCUGGUUGAAGGCGACCCCAAGCAGCUCAUCGGCAAGAGAGCAGACGAGAACGGAAACAUCUGGAACGACGAGGGCAAGGUUAUUGGCAAAGCCGAGCCAUUGCCUCACCAUGAGCGUGGCGAUGAAAAGGACUUUGCUCCAUUCGAAAACUUCCCUGAUGCCGUUGUGGAGGCUGAUGGUCGUGUGAUGUUCAACGGCCAGCAGGUUGGCGUCGUCGUCGAGGGCGACGCGAAGCAUCUCAAGGGCAGCAAGGUCGACGAAGAUGGUGACAUCUUGGACCGGCGAGGAAACGUCGUUGGCAAAGCAGAGGCUUGGAAUGAGCCCGAGGCCGAACCCGAAGCUGUUGUCGACAAGUCUUCGCUGGCGGGCAAGAGAGUCAACAAGGCCGGCAACGUCGUUGACGGAUCGGGAGCCAUCUGGGGCAGAGUCAUUGAGGGUAACAUUAAAGCCCUGGUCGGGCGUAUGUGCGACAAAGAGGGUAACGUCCUGAGUGAGUCUGGAGAUGUCAUUGGCAAGGCCGAACUUGUCGGCGAAGGCGAACGAGAGGGCAUGAAAGAGGGCCCCUUUGCCGAGCUGUCUGGCUGCACUGUCGCCAAGGACGGCACAGUUGUUACGCCGUCCGGUGAUAUCGUGGGAAGACUCACUGAGGGAGACCCCAAGAAGCUCUUUGGCCGCCAAGUUGACGAAGACGGAGACGUUGUCGAUAGCAACGGAAACGUCUUGGGCAAAGCCGAGCGCUGGGAGCCGGAAGAGGUGGAGAGGAAGAAGGCUCCCUAUGCCGGCCGCAAGGUGAACCGCGAGGGCAACGUCCUCGACGAAGAAGGAAACCUCAUUGCGAAGCUGGUCAGCGGCGACGUUUCUGCUUGUUCCGGCAAGGAGGUUGACGAGGACGGUGAUGUUGUCAACUACAAGGGCGACACCGUCGGACAUGUCGCUCUCCUCGAAGACAUUCCCAAGGAGACCGAGGAGGACAUCAAGAAGCGUGAAGAGGCUGAGAAUGACCGCAAGCUGGCUUCGAAGCUGGCUGGAUGCAUCGAGCAGUCUCUUGACAAGAUCCGCCCCAUCUGCAAGAUGAUUACGGAUAAGAUCAACACUGCUGAGAGAACCCCCAAGGAGGAGCUCGAUGAGGAGCAGUUGGUCAGAGAGGUGAAGCCCCUGAUUGAAGAGGGAGGCAAGAUCUUGACCGAGACCAACGGCACCAUCCGCGGGCUUGAUCCCGAUGGCCGCAUCCAGCGAAACGCAAAGCACAAGGCGGGCACUAAGGAGGCAUCGCCCGAGGAGUAUCAUCUCGCAGAUGUGCUCAAGGAGCUCACUGGCACCAUCACCCAGACCAUCGAUAACGCAAAGAGCAAGAUCGAGGGCAUGCCACACGCAAAGAAGGAGCUCAACCCGCUCUGGGGUCUCUUGUCGGAGCCCUUGUUCCAGAUUAUUGCCGCUGUCGGAUUGCUGCUGACCGGCGUUCUGGGUCUUGUCGGCAAACUGCUGAGCGGCCUCGGCCUCGGCGGAAUCCUCGACAAUCUCCUCGGAACGCUUGGAUUGAACAGGGUGCUCGACGGCCUUGGACUUGGAGGUGUCACCGACGCCUUGACUGGCAAGAGUGACAAGAAGAAGAAAUAA